UCAUGGCAGACAAAGAGGAGUUAAAGAUAAGAUUGAAGAAGCUGCUGGUAAGAUUGAACCUACAGGAAGGGAAGCAGUUGGGCACCGUGGUCCAGAUCAUACAGGACCUUCUGUUCCUGUCCCAUACAGAUCACUGCGUUGAGUUGUUUGCAGAUCAGAAUGUCCACCUGUCUCUGAUGCUGGUGCUGUCAUCUCAUUUCAACAGCAAAGUUCAGCAGGUUGGGUGGUCUUUGUUGUGUCGUCUGAUGGAGAUCUGUCCCUCCACUCUCGACAGACUGGCAACCCCAGCAGACCUUGACUUAAUAGGAGUGCAUAAGCAUAUUCUGAAGGUGCUGUACAUGUUUCAUAAAGACGCCAAAAUGAUGAUGGUGGGUCUCAGAGCUCUGACUCUGUUACUUAAUUCAGAUGAGAUUGCGACGCAGGUCCUGGAUGAGGAAGAAAUAGACGUGUUUUUCCAGGUUUUGAGGGCAAUGAGGUCGUUCAGUGACAGUGAGGAGGUUCAGUUGCAGGGAUGUGCGGCUCUACAACUACUGCUGCAGAGAGUUUCAGAGGAUCAUCUGAUGGAGUUCAUCGAGAAGAAGGACCAUGAGGCGGUUCUGAAUGCUCUCAGAAGGUUUAUGGAUAGUGAGAAUGUGGUUUUGCGAGCUUUAAGGGUCCUCAUACCGUUGGCUGCUCCAGCAAGCAAUGUUGAGAUGCUGAUGUCCAAAACGGUUAAAUGCUACACUCUGAUGUGUCGGGCUAUGGAGGCGUGGCUGGACUCUGAGGCCAUACAGGAGACCGGAUGCUGUUUGUUACGAAAACUUACAUCAGAGAGUUACUAUAACAUCUUGGUGCUGAAUGGUGUCCACAAAGUGGCUGUGAAAGCUUGUGUGUCUUACCCUGAUAAUGCAACAGUUCAGACUGCUGCUCUCUCUUGUCUGAGCAUGCUUGCGGAGUCUAUAGUACAGAAUGAAGGUCUGGACAGAGAGGGCAGUGAGGAGGAUGGGGUGGAACAGGAAAUGGCCGUUAGGAAAGAAGUCACACAUGCGGAGGAAAGCCUUAUAUGGACAGAAGCCUGUUACACGGCUUUGGAGAGGCAUGCUGAUAAUGCCACAGUACAGGAAGCUGCUUGUUGGGCCGUAAACAGCCUGCUGCUCCAUUGCAAUGCUUCCCAAUACGUGGAACUGGAAGGAAGGCCUCCUCUUCAUACUCUCACUAUGGCUUCAAUGCUCUUUCAUUCGUCCUGUGUGCCGGUGUUUCAAGCUGCUUCCUGUACACUGCGCACACUUAUACAACACAACAGCAUGAUGAGAGCCCUCUUGUUGUCUCACGGCAUUCAUUUCAACAUUGUCAAUCUGAUGAAAAAACACUCAAACUCCAGCGAUGUGUGUGAAAGCGCCUGCAAACUGCUUCACACCCUCUUCCAGGGAGCGAGGGCCGGUCUGGAUGAAGGUGCUCUGGUUCUCGGUCAGAUUCUGAUCGCUCUGAAGACGCACAACUUCCUUCCUGAAGUUCAGCUGGAGGGUCUCAGAGCGAGUCUUGUUCUUCUCAACCCAGACAGGAGUUUAAGGGAAGAUGGCAUCUCAGUGGCGGAUCCCGACAUGGUGGAUGUGUCGCUGCGGGUGCUGAAGAACCAGUGUGUACUAGAGGGAGCUCACGCUGUAUAUCUAGCGGCACUUAAUAGGUUUAUUAGUAGUGAGGAGAUUCAGGAGUGCGGGCUUGGUGUUCUCACCACUUUAGCUGACUGUUCAGGAGCCGUUGACCUCAUGUGCCAGCAGGGGGCGAUAGACACAGUUCUUCACACACUGCAGAUGUUCCCACUGAAGCGUGAUAUCCACUACUGGGGUCUUAGCCUCUUGUUUCACCUCAUCUCUAAGAAGAAGCUUUCUCGUAUGAUGGUGCCGGUACUGGCCUCUGUUGUAGUCAACUCUGUACGACAACACAAAGAAGACACGGCCAUGCUCCUCAAGGGAAUUCAGGUGGUGUGGAAGCUGUUGGACACCUGCUCGAGUGCGGCGGCAGAGCUGCAGAAGGAGGGGUUCGAGAAGGAGAUCUUUCAGAUCUUGAGGGAGAGCACGGCAGACCAGCGUAGAGAUCCGUUGCAGGGAAUGAGUUGCCUGUGUCUGCUGAAGAUGGUGGCAGACGGUGAGAUCAUGUACAUGCUUCUGGAAAGGGCGUGUGAGGAGGGAGAUGUGGUCAUGACCGAGUGUCUCAUACAGCUGGGUGCUGACAUCAACAAGAAAACAAAGACGGAUUCUCUCAUAAAUCAGGUCUGUGAUCGGGGAGCUCCGCUGGCACUGCUGGAGCUGCUGGUUUCUGCUGGCGUUCAUGAAAAGCAGCUGCGUGGGGCUCUGGCUGUAUGCGUCAGGAGAGGAGACGACCCUGCCGUCACCCUUCUCCUCAGCCGUCUGGGGCUGGACCACAGCAACAGCGCUCUCUGCCUCGGGAGCUUCCAUCUGGGGCAGAUGAAGGCGAGCUGGCUCAGCGCUCUGCUGUCUGAACGUAAGAGCAUCAUUCCAGUCAACGGCAGGAACGGGAAAGGUCAGGCUUUGGCCAGACAGAUUUUGUUACUCCAGAGGAAGAAAGGGUUUGUGGGAGUUACCAGACACCCCAGUGAUGUCAGCACAUCAGGAUAUUACACUGAUGAGGAAAGUGACGACUCUUACAUGUCUUUAGAUGACAGCUUUGCCUUUAUGUUGGAUGACAUGGAGAGUGAUGGGAGUGAUGGACCUCCAAAUGGAUCGUUGAUUUACAGCGAUUCACCAGAGCUGAGCAGAAACACUUCUUGGAGACGACACAGUGGACGUAAACGUGCCAGUUCAGAGAGAUGCCACAGAGACUCUGAACCAAGCGCCUCUCUGAGGUUUGGCUGGAACUCUCACAACACGCGAGGGUCGAUUGACAGCCCAUCUCCUUCUGGUGUUCCUCUGGGCAUUGAUAAGGAACCCAUCCAUCUGCUGGAUCUAUCGGGGAACGAGUUGGACAAUCUGUCUUGUUUAAUGGAUGAGAGCUCUGUCAAACAGCAGAUCGAGAACCUCUUUCGACUCGAUUUGAGUAGCAACUACCUGUCAGAGUUUCCCAGCUCUCUUUGUCAGAGUUUAAGAAGUUUGACCCGACUUGAUCUCCAGUGUAACAAAUUGCAAUCACUUCCUGCCGAACUUCUGGCUCUUCCCGCUCUGAGCAUGCUCAAUGUAUCCCGCAAUCUCAUUGGUCCUCUUCUGCUACUGGACCCAACUGUGCAAUGUCCAACCCUACGCCAAUUAAACCUGUCAUUCAAUCUGAUCACAGUCUUCCCUUUCCAACUGGGUCAGGCCAUGAAUAAACUAGAGGAGCUCUCACUGGAAGGAAAUCAAAUAUCAGAACUGUCUCUACCUCUCUCUCUGGCUGAACUGAAAGUUUUAGACGUCAGUAAAAAUAAAGUUACAGUGGUUUCAGAAGAUUUCCUCACGGAAUGUCUCAAGAUGGAGAAUUUUAAUGCUUCAGUUAACCAAAUCAGUUCGUUGUUGCACCUUCCUUCCAAAAUAACUACUAUUAAAUUAGCCCAGAACAGUUUUACAAGCAUUCCUGAAGUCAUUACCAACCUACAAUUUUUGCGUUCAGUGGACAUGAGAAAUAACAGCAUCAGGGUUCUGUCGGGUCCAGCUGUUUGGGCCAGUGUGAAUCUGAGAGAGCUGAUGUUCAGUCAAAAUCACAUCUCUGUGCUGGACCUCAGCGGCCCCGUCUACAAAUGGGCCCGACUGGAGAAACUCCAUCUGAGCACCAACAGAAUCACUGAGAUUCCUCCUCAGAUCGGUCUCCUGGAGGACCUUACGUCUCUGGAUGUGAGUCAGAAUAAAGGUUUGCGCACUUUUCCGGAUGAGAUGGGAAAACUGGUGCGUUUGUGGGAUCUGCCGCUGGACGGCCUGCAGCUCCAGAUGGACCUCAAACACAUCGGCUGCAAAACCAAAGACAUUAUCAGGUUCCUGCAGCAGCGUCUGAAGAAGGCCGUGCCAUAUUACCGCAUGAAGCUGAUGGUGGUGGGCACCCCCUGCAGUGGGAAAACCUCUCUGAUCCAACAGCUCAUGAGACUCAAACGCUCACAGUUGAAGUCCCAUCCACAAACGGCGGGCAUCAGCGUCAGUGACUGGACCAUGAGAAACAAAGACAGGAGGAUCAUGCUGCUGAACGUGUGGGAGUUCUCAGGUGGUGAGGAGUGCAGCGGAUGUCACCCUCAUUUCAUGAGCUCUAGAGCUUUGUAUCUGGUGCUGUAUGACCUCAGUAAAGGACCGAGUGAGAUAGAUGUCAUCAAACCAUGGCUCUUUAACAUUAAAGCUGUAGCUGGACAGUCUCCUGUGAUUGUAGUCGGUACUCAUGCAGAUGUUUGUGAAGAGCGCCACCUGCAGGACUGUGUGUUAAAGCUGCGUGAGGAGCUGCUGUCUCAGCCGGGUUUUCCAGUGAUUAGAGAGAAUCACAUGCUGUGCGCCUGUGAAGAGUCCGAGUCUAUCAGAAGAUUACGCAAAGCCAUCUACAAAGAGCUCAUUGGAUUUAAGAUACAGGGUCAGCCGGUGAUGGGUCAGUUGAUUCCAGACUGUUAUGUGGAGUUGGAGAGGAGAGUUUUGCAGGAGAGGACUCGUGUUCCAGCUGAAUUCCCGGUGCUCAGACACAGAAGACUGCUGGAGCUCAUACAGGAGACGCAACUGCAACUGGAGGAGGGAGAGCUACCACACGCUGUCCACUUCCUCAGCGAGGCCGGUGUUCUUCUGCACUUUGACGAUCCAGCGUUGCAGUUAAAGGACCUGUACUUCAUUGACCCACAAUGGCUUUGCAACAUUAUCUCACAGACGCUGACCCUGAAGAGCCCGGGUCAUUGGGAGAGCCCUAGAGGUGUGGUUCAGCGCUCCACCUUGGUGAAGUUUCUGGACAAAAGCCCAUGUUUCCCUCGUGCCCACCUCUCUCACUACUUCAAACUGCUGGAGAAGUUCCAGAUCGCACUGCCCUUCGGAGAUGAUCAGUUACUUGUACCCAGCAGCCUCUCAGAUCACAAGCCAGUGAUCGAACUUCCUCACUGUGAGAAGUCAGAGGUCAUCGUUCGGCUUUAUGAGAUGCCAUACAUUCCCAUGGGUUUCUGGUCAAGACAGAUCAGCCAUCUGCUGGAGGUGUCCUCAUUCAUGCUGUAUGGAAGAGAGAAAGCAUUGAGGCCAAAUCGGAUCUACUGGAGGACGGGCAUCUAUCUGAGCUGGUCUGCUGAGGCUUACUGUCUUGUGGAGGCCUCGUCGCUGGAGGAGAACCCGGCUAGCUUUAUUAAGAUAACUGUCCCUUGCUCUCGCAAAGGUUGUGUGUUGCUGGGACAGGUGGUGGAUCACAUUGAUUCUAUUUUGGAGGAGUGGUUUCCUGGUCUCCUCGCCACCGAUGUUCUCGGUGCUGGAGAAACUCUGCUGAAGAAAUGGGCUUUGUACAGCUUUAGUGAUGAAGAAAGCUACCGGAAGAUCCUGCUGGAAGAUCUACUGUCCAGUAUUGAUACAGAUGGUUUGCUGGUGAACCCAGAUGACCCCAGUUGUACUGUGCCCAUAUCUCAGAUCUCUCCAGAUCUGGUACUGAGUGACCAGCCUUCCAGCAUCAUACUGGACCCAGAAGAGCUGGAGAUAGAGCUCUCUGCAGAGUAUCUGCUGGGUGAUGGAGGUUUUGGGUCUGUAUAUAAAGCUGUGUACAAGAAUGAAGAGGUUGCUGUGAAGAUAUUUAACAAACAUGCUUCUGCACUUUAUGUUCACCGGCUGGUACGACAGGAACUGACAGUGCUCGGGAGACUGCGUCACCCCAGCCUGGUCGGGCUGUCGGCCACCGGGUGUAACCCAUAUAUCCUGGUGAUGGAACUGGCACCAUGUGGAUCUCUGGACUCGCUGUUCGAGCGUGAAAACAGCAGCCUUAGCCACAAACUCCAGCACAGGAUAGCACUGCAUGUGGCGGAUGGCCUUAGAUAUUUGCACUCCUCCAUGAUUAUCUACCGGGAUCUGAAGCCGCACAACAUUCUCCUGUUUAACCUGAAGACAGACUGCGAGGUCAUCGCAAAGAUCACCGAUUAUGGCAUAGCACAGUACUGUUGCAGCAUGGGCGUCCGCGGCUCGGAAGGAACGCCAGGCUUCAGAGCACCUGAAGUGGCUCGAGGAAACGUCAUCUAUAACGUCCAGGCGGAUGUGUACUCGUUUGGUCUGCUGAUGUAUGAUCUUUUGACUCACGGCGAGCGGAUAUCAGAUGGGAUGAAGUUUCCCAGUGAAUUUGAUGAGGUGGCUGUGCAGGGAAAGCUUCCAGGUGAUGUGCCGAGUUUCUUCUUUUAGGUUUGCAUGUCAAUAUAAGACUUCACGCUCUAAUCUUGUAGUGUGUG